AUGCGAUGUGAGUAUCCAGAUUUGCCUAUUGCAAAGGCAAAAGACCUGCAGUCCACCUCCACACUGGAACAGCUCAUGGCCAAACUCUGUCCCCACCAUCAGAGACAGAUGGUAAAUGCCAUAGGUUUUCUACAGACGGAGGUCAAAGCACUGGCAUCUUCCAACACACAGCAAGCCUCUAACUCUACCUCUGGGAUUCAAGAAACUGCUUGUUCUCCUGCAAAAUCCAGCGCAGUCACCCAUGAGAAGUCAUGCCCAGCACUAAGGUUUGAAUCCACUCCCAAGUCAGAAGUCCAGAAUAUGUCCUGUUCUCUCUCCAACAGUUGUUCAAUGAAACAAGUCCCAGAGAAUGCAGUGUCGCUGAAAACAUCUGCUGGUCCUGCUUUGGAUCUACGCAGCCAUGGGUCAGGGAGUAACCAGACUCUGGUCACUCCCACAGCUAAUCCAGUGGAUGCAGAGAACAACCGUCAUGGUGAUCAUGCUCCUCUUAAGAUGAAAAUCAUGACCAGCAAUGUUGCUGCUGGUAAGAAGUUGUCAUGUGUCCUCAACACCUCUCUCUCAAUUCACUCUGACACUUUGGAGGACAGACAGGGUAACUCGAAUUCAUCCAACAGAACAGAGACUCAAAGUGCUAGACUCAGCUCCUCUGUGAAAAGACACAUUCAGGCAAGUCACACACAUCAAGCUAGGCAGAGAGAGAUUCUUGGGCAUACCAAAGACAAACCAGCAAAACUGUUUUCAGUUCACAUGACCAUUCCUUCAGACUCUGUGCGGACCGCUAGAAAGACCAUCAGGUCUUCCUCUGAUCAUAGGAUUAGGGACUCACCUUGUCGGGGAAUGGCUGACCCUGAUCUCGGCCACUGUGACAUUGUUUUUGUUGACAAACCAAUUACAGAGUGUUUUAAGAAACGGCAGCGCAGCAUGCUCCCACGCCGCAAUGCUAGAAAAAGCACCAGAGGACAUAUGUAUUCAGAUGAAAUCUGGGAAUUAAAAACUGUCCGUACAUUGGCUGGAAGGGGCAACUGUCCUAAUCCAAUGCCAGAGCUGAUAACAUUGGUCACCCCGAAACAAAUACUUUCAAAGCCUGAAGGUGUGCCGCCUGUGGAUAUGCCUUUUGCUGGAGCAUGCAGGGAGACAAUGAAUCAACAAAUGUCAGCAGAAGAGUCAGAUGAGAGUGUGAUACCAGGAACAGGAGAUUUGGUGGACGUAGCAGCCAGUGAAAUAGAUGUUAUUGUUGAAACUAGUCAGACAGAUCAGUGUCAGAGCAAGGGGCAGUCAGCUUCUUCAUCUCCAAUAAGAUCCCCAACAGAAAACAGAGAGACAGAUAUGAGGAUAAAUGUAGAACAGGAUACAAGUGCAGACUCAGGUAUGACAACAGGAAGUGAAGAAUGUGUUGCUCAGGCUCCAAUUGAAGUGAAAAAUGAUAACGGGCCUAAGCUUCAAGAGGGCAUAUGUGAAAGUACAGAGCAAAUCGUCACAGAAACAGGAGUGCAACCAUUAGAAGAUAUAACGGCUGAAGAAGAUGAGCCCCAGCUUAUCGAUGAACUGCACAAUAGUGAGCCUGCUCCCCAGCAGAAUAGCGACCUGUUACCAGUGGAUCAAAUUGAGGAAGAAAUAGGACAUAAGGAGAAAAAUAAAAGGGAGGAAAUACAAGAUGAUCAACCUCAGGAAGUUCAACCAGAGACACAGGUACAACAUGACAACAUUGAAGUGACAGAAAAGUCUGAUACCACAAGUUCAGCAGAGCAGCUGAUAGUGAAAGAGCCAGAAACUAAAACAUCUGAAGCUGCUGACGGUGUUCUGCCCUCCGAAACUGAAGAUGAUGAUGAGUAUGAUCUGUCCUCAAAGACACUUGAUGCGCUCUUGAAGGAAUUACCCCCUUGGCGUAGAAAAAGAGGUACUGCAAUUCUGUUGCCAAAGCGGUUAAGAAAAACAGAAACGGUGGUUGUGGGUUUUGUCAAUGGUAGACCCAUAUCAGCCUCUGACAGAAGUCUGCGUCGCAGAUCAGGUACCAGCACCACAUCACCUAGUAAAACCCCAGUCAAAUCUAGUGAGAAUAUCCCCAACAAGACCACUGUCGAUUCAACCAGUGAUUCAACUGUUCAAAACAAAAAUUUGGAGAACAAACCACCUGGAAAAGACAUAGCUCUAAAAUCGAUUGAGACUACUCCUGUGAUUCAGCAGGUAAAUGAACCCUUCUCUUCCACACCAUCAAGCUCAACACCUGAAUUUCCUUCAAGGACCAAACAAAUCCAGAAACAAAAAAGAGUUAAGAGAGACCAGGAUAGUUUGCCUGUCCUUUCCGAUCAGCGGCGACUUAGAUCAGCCAGCCAGAGGCCAACUGGAACUCCAUUAUCACCGCCCAAAUCAAAUGCUAUCACGUCCGGUUUAUCUCCAAAACCUACUGCUACCCAUGUUCCUCCAUCUACAGAGCAACUCCCCUCCCUCCCCCUCUGUUCUUCGCUUCCUGACAAUUCUCUUCUAGUCAGGUCAUCUUCCCCCACAGCCUCUGAACAGCUCCAACAGUCCACAGUCCCAGAGACAACUGUGGAAUUAAACAUUGAAACGACUCAGCCGUUAGAGACAGCUUCUGAAGAAAUACAAAAACCUGCGGAGACAACCUCUGAAGAAAUACAAAAACCAGUAGAGACAACUUCUGAAGAAAUGCAAAAAACAGUAGAAACAACUUCUGAAGAAAUAAAAAAAACAGUAGAGACAACCUAUGAAGAAGAACAAAAAAACAAGGAAGGAAAUAGAUUGCAAGCCAGACAGAAACUAAGGUCUACAAAGGCUGUCAUACACGACAGUAAGAAUGUGAAGCAGCAACUUAGUAGCGAGGUAUCAAGUUUAUUAGAAAAACAAAGUCCUAUCAAGACUGAAAUGCAAACACAGACUAUGCCAUUAAGAAGUAAGCGGGUUCUUCGAAAGGAGGCAGAAGCAAGUAAUGUUGCUUUGCCGCAGAAGCCAAAUGUAGCAUCUUUAGAAGACAGGUCUGCAAGUGGAGAUGAUAUCAGUUCUUCCAUACCAGACAAACCAACAAGAAUGCCAUUAAGAAGUGAGAGCAGUAAGGCUGAAAUGUCCAACCAGUCUGUUACUCAGUCAUCACCAGUGGACAACAAGAAAUUAGCUUUGAGAUCACAAAGACUGGCUGUACCCUCGACCAGUUCUCUUACUAUAGCUGGAAGACAGAGUGAUGUGGCUUCCCCUGUCAGAAUAAUGCCAGAAAGGGUAACCAAAGCUCAGGUAAAGCCCCUUCCGGUGUCUGUUACAUCUGUGGUGCCCCACAGCUCAGCCAUCCCUAUCAUAACACAGAGACCUGAGCCCCCAAAGCAAACUAACAAAUUCUUUGAGACUCUGACUGGAGAAGAAAACCAACAACUAAUUACGAAUCUGAACAUUAAGUAUGAUAAAAUGCAAAGAGGUUGGGUGCAAAUGGACAAAGAGGGUCAGCCCGUAACAAAAUACAAAAACAAAGCAGACAGACAGGCAGCUAUAUGGAAAAGUAAACGAAGGGCACGAAAAUCAAAAUCUUCAGAGCACCAGAAAUACUCACCUGUCCAAAUGCUCUUCAUGAAAGGUUUUAAUCUCACCAGUAUUUGUCGUUGGUUCCUUGAAACAACAGAAACAAAGUCCCUUGUGAUUGUCAAGAAGGUGAACACACGUCUUCCGUCAGAAACUCAGCUGUGCUUCCACAGCUCAUCAAGCCCUCCAGGGACCUCUCAGGGGGUAUUUCCAAGCCUACAGGCAGAGCGCCUAAAGAAACAUUUGAAAAAGUUUGCCAUUGCGUCUCCUGUAAAGAGCAAUCCUAAGAGUCAGAAACUCAUUGCUAAAGCACUGGAGCAAGAGGCUAAUGCAGUCAAAGGGAAAGAAAGAAAAGAACUGCCCAGUACUACUCAGACUUUGACUAAGACACACUCCUCUGCCAAAGCCCAUGCACAGACAGGUGAACCCCAGAAAUCAUCUGGUAAAUCAAAGAAUCCAGCUAGUGCAAGGAUCUUAAGGAAAUACUCAAAUAUCCGAGAGAAGAUGCAGGUUCAGCAAACCAAUGUUAGACUCAAAGAUGCCUCAAAAACAAACAAUAUGAAAAGGCUGACCACCAAAAAGCCUACCACCAAGUCAAACCUGAAACCAUCUUUGAAGGCACAGAAAUCCUCGCUACCUGUCAGUAAACAUAUGAAAACAUCUGCAGCAAAAAUGGAAAAAAGGAAAACACUGGCUGGCAAAAAACCCACAAAGAAUCCUGUUCAACAAAGGCAGGCAGUCAAGGCUAUGAGCUGUAGUAGAGCUUCAAGAGAUACAACUAAAAAAGAAGAAUUGCCAAAGAGAUGUUCUCAACGACUGGGGUCUCCUAGAAUAUCCGAACAUAACCCUGCUGACACAUCUAAAAGCAAGGUUGACCAUAAAAAACAAACUGAAGCAGACAAAUUAGGGAUGGAAAAACCUGCUGUCAAUAAAGUGAAUUCCGCAAAAACCCAAACAAAGGAAUCAUCACAAAGUACUUUUGCUGAAAUCAAAGGUACAGAGAAUGCCGUAGAAACCCAGCAGAGCAUGGAUGUCAAAGGUCUGACCUCACCUGACCAGGUACUAACAAGGUCUCAGAGGAAAAUGGAGGCGGCAGUCCCUGUGAGUGGUAGCCCCAGUCAUGCUUCAAAGAGGGCAGUGAAGUCCAUAAAACCACAAAAUGCAUCUCCUAAAUCCAUCAAGAAAGCUGAGGGACCUACACAGACAAGAAGAGGGGCUUUAAAGUCUCCCACGAAGAGAAAACAGGUAGCCUCGUUGCCACGCAGUGCAACAAAAUUGGCUACCAAGAGAGCUCAGGAGCUUUUAGAGACCCCAGUGAAACGUACCAGGACAUCACUCUCAAAAUGAAAUACUUGCAGAGAAAUCGUCUUUAUUAAGAUGAUUUUCUUUUAUCUGGAAUAUAUUUAAAAAGUCCAGACACAUUUUCUGAUCUCGCCAAACUCUUCAGAGGACUCCUUCUUCAAUAGGCAAAUAUUUAAAGAAGGAACAGAUUUUGAAAGUUGAUAUCUGCUUUUGUAAAGCUUCAGUGUGAAAAACAAUGAAAUUAUGGAAUUAUUGCUGAGCGUUUGCUCUGUGUUCAGGGACGACAGUGCAUACAAGUCCUACAUGAUGUCUAGCAGAUGUAGUUGCUGUUUGGCUUUUUCGGGACUUUUCGGCAAGUCAGGAGAUAGCAACAGCCUCUCAAACCUCAUUUUAAAAGUUGGGAUAAAAAACAUCAAGCUUUGAUGCAUUUAACAAGGUGAUAUUACAUUUAUUCACCAUCCUAUUUUUUUGUCAUUUUGUACAUAGUUAUUGUGUUUUAGUUGAUAUAAUGCACUGCAGUUACUCUCCGGAGAGCUUGCUGUGAGAAGGGAGAUCUGCUUUUGAAUCUGUUUUUACUUACUACUAUCUCCAGCCUGUCUUCCUUUCACAACAUUGUGAAUAUGAGACUGUUGUGACCCGGUGCCUUAUUUAUGAAGUGUCAAGUCAUAGAAUGUGUUGCUAAAUGUGAAAACUUCUGCCCAUUAGUUCUAAUGACUUCCUAGUUCUUGGAGAGGCAGUCAACAUUCAUUUGCUUCACAGAGCGUGUGAAAAUAGUUUCCGUUCCACACAGUAUGUGCCUCGUGUGUCAUCUGUAAAUUCUCAUGUUGACUGAGGCGGUCAGAUCUCUGAUCUACUCCUAUCUGAAGGGUUUAUUUUCAUAUUCCCAUUUUCCUGGAGCAUUAACUUAAUAUUGUUCUUCCUUUUGUUGUAUUAGAUGUUUAAGCAAGUGCAAGUCUGCAUUGUUUAGACAGGCGUGCUCUGUAUGUGUCAUGACAAACGUAAUGACACAUACAGACGUUUGUAUUUUCUCUGGGGUCAGAAUCCAUCAUUUUGUAUCUCUGUAGUCACUUCUGACCAUUGCACCCAUUGUUAUCUGCUCAUAAUAGGGACUUCAUGUGAGUAUUUUACCCGCUUCUGCAUGUGUUAAGUCUUUUUGAUGUGGAGACAACUUUAGUGCUUUUGCCUCACUAGAACUGAAACCCAGAAAUAAAUAUUUAUGUCCCUGAGCUCUGAAAAUACUAGCCUCAUUGGAGACUGUAUGUACUUUUAGUGCUGUACUGAAAAACCCUGUGAGAUGACUUUGGGAUAUUAGCUUGACUGUGGCAAUAUUUCCCAGCAACAAAGGCCUGGUUGGUUAAUAUGAAUGAAGUGUAUGGCCUCUCUAGCAUUAUUGUCAAAUAACAGGGUGAUAAAUUCCCUCCCUGCAUAUACACAAGUUGGAUGUACAUUUUUGGGGUAGUCUAGUCAAACAUCUGAGUUGUGUAUCCAGGUAUGUUGCAGUUUUAUGUUAUUUUUUGUCAGGCAAAUGUUCUCAUAAUGUGAAGUUUUGUAACUUCCACAAUAGUAACUUACAUAAGUGUAUUGUCAAUUGUCAUUUUUAGCACGGUGUUAUUUGUUUUUAUUAUGGUAAUUUCCUUUUAGAGGGUAAAUCAUCUGUAAAUGCAAAACAUGUCCGUCACAUUUUUAUUGUUAUUUAAGAACUCCAUGUAGGCUUACGACUUAAGCAAAUCUAAAACAGCCCACCAAAUAUCAGACUUGAACAUGUUUAUUCUUUGCAGUUGCUAUUUAAAGAAUUUGAUUUUUGUAUAUUAGAAAGAAAUAACUGCUUUAUUUGUGGUAAUCCUAAGAAUGAAACAUCUUUAUGUUAAGAACUUUGUAUUUUUGCUG